AUGUUAGGUUUAAUUGAAUGUUUAUGUUUUUUAAUUAAAAGUCUGAAAGCUGAUAACAUCCCUGUUUACGUACCAAUAACAUCGCUAAAAAAAUUAAAAUCCUUACAAAAGGGGUAUAUUUCUGAUGAUCGUGUACUUGUGUUUGAUAUAGACAACACUCUUUAUAAAAGUAAAGGAAUUAAUAAUAAUAUAGAAAGAUUUACUAGUUGGCUUAAAAAAAGAACUUCACCUGAGGGAUUUAAACAAUAUUUAAAGGGUAGAUCAAAUAUGGGGAGUUUCAAUUUAACUUUAAAUGUGCUAAAUAUUGAUCAGCAAGAAUUUAUUGAUUUUACUGAUGAAAAAAUAAAGAAUAUUCCAAAAUAUUCAAAAGAUAAUGAUCUAAUUUUUAUUCUAUCAAAAAUAAGGCACCCUAAAUAUGCUUUUACUAACGCCAGAAAGGAAUUUGCACAAAAGAUUCUUAGAGAUUUAGGAAUUGAAAAAUAUUUUAAGGCCGUGUUUCAUCCAAACAUUCCUUCUAAACGCAAACCAAUUUUGUUUAAACCAAUGAAAGACUCGUUUAAGUUUGUUCAGAAGUUUCUGAGAAUUAAAAAUCCCAAACUCAUUACUUUUUAUGAUGAUAAAGAAAAGAAUAUAAAAAUAGCUAAGAUGUUGGGAUGGAAUGCUAGACUGACUAUUUAUCCAGGCGUUUUAGACGGUAUAGAAAUAUUUGUAACAGACUAA